AUGAGCGGAAAUCAUAAUGAAAAAUUAGAAUUCUUGGGAGAUUCGGUUAUAUCCCUUGUAAUGUCAAAUUAUUUGUAUAAAAAAUGUAAAGAUGAAGGAGAACUAACAAUGAUGAGAGCAAAGUUAGUUUGCAAACAAACUUUGGCAGAGUUUGCGUCAGCGUUAAAUUUAGAAACAAGGAUGAAAUUUGGCAAAGGUGCUUUAAAUACCAACGCAAGAAAUAAUGAAAAGGUUUUAGAAGACGCUUUCGAAGCUUAUAUUGGUGCCGUAUUUUUGGAUUCAGAUGAAAAUUUUUUAGAAGUAAUGGAUUUUAUGAAACCUUUGUUAGAACCAAAAGUUGAGAAACUUCUUCUGGAAAAAAAUAAUGCGCAGCAAAAUGAUCCUUCUAAACCUAUAAUCGGUCCUCAGGAUGUACCUCUUAUGACUUUGCCUCUUGAAGAUCCAAUUAAUAAACUUCAAACUUGGUCGCAGAGAAGAUCAUUUGGUUUACCUAAAUAUAAUUUGGUUGAAAAUAAAGAAGUUGAAAAUAAAGAAGUUGAAAAGAAACAUAUUCAACCUAAGUUUACUUUUGAAGUUGUCAUUAAUGGAAUUACUUACCCUCCAGGGACGGCGAGAAAUAAAUCGGAGGCUAAAAAAUUAGCUGCCACCAACGCCCUAAAAUUAAUUGAUGAUACCGUAAAAAUUAUUAAAUAA